AUGGAGAGACCUUGCACGAGUAUUGGGAAAGAUUCAAACAAUUAUGUGCAAGUUGCCCUCAUCACCAAAUUUCGGACCAACUUCUUAUACUUCUAUGAGGGACUAUCGUCAACGGAUAGGAAGAUGAUUGAUGCUGCCAGUGGAGGAGCAUUGGUGAAUAAAACGCCCACAGAAGCAAAGGGACUGAUCUCAAGUGUGGCUGCCAAUGCGCAACAAUUUGGUGACAAACAAGACUAUAUUCCCCGUAAAGUUAAUGAGACCAUUGUCCAUCCCAAGCAAAAUGUGAGUGCAAUUACUUUGAGAAGUGGCAAAGAAUUGCAAAAGUAUAAAAAAGGAGUAUCUAAGCAUGAUCUUGAAGAGCAAGUUAAGGAAGAAACAAUGAAAUCUCCAACUCAAUCCCUUCCAAGGAAAGAGCCCAGAGAUGAACCCUUAGUAGUGGUGACAUGUCCUCCUCCAUUUUCCAGUCGAUAUGCAAAAUCCAAGAAAGAGGAGCAAGAGCAAGAAGUUUUUGACAUUUUUUGCAACGUUGAGUGCCCCCACCUUAAAUCCGCCACUGUCGUAGAGAGAGGUAAAGAACGAUUAUAUUCAGAAGCAGGUCUAUCGGUCAGGAGCAGCAAGGAUCUUAACUCCUCUCAGUCUUCAGACGAAGUUACCUGUCAAAUCUGCUUUAAGCAUGUCAAUGCUUAUGAGUCCUCGAUGAUGGAUUGUGCCCAUUGUUUUUGCAACAUCUGUUGGACAAAGCAUUUUAUUAUGAAGAUACACGAGGGUGAGAGUAGACGGAUUACAUGCGGGGCUAACGGGUGCAAGGCAAUAUGUGACGAAGAAAAUGUUAGAAAUCUAGUUAAUAGAAGAGAUCCUCAUAUUGCAAAAAAGUUUUCUAAGAUUCUUUUAGAAUCAUAUGUUGAGGAUAAUGACAAAGUAAAAUGGUGUCCUAGCGUUCCUCAUUGUGGAAAUGCAAUUCGUGUUGAGUGUGAUGAAUAUUGUGAGGUUGAAUGUGCUUGUGGUGUACAGUUCUUUUUCAGCUGCUCAUCUGAGGCUCACUCGCCUUGUUCAUGUUUGAUGUGGAACCUUUGGAAGAAAAAGCGCCAGGAUGAAUCAGGGACGGUUAAUUCUACGAAUACUAAGUAUUGCCCUAAAUGUCAUAAACCAGUGGAGAAGAAUGGAGGAUGCAACCGAGUGCGCUGUUUGUGUGGACAACAAUUUUGUUGGCUUUGUGGCGGAAAAACUAGCACAAGUAUUGCAGAUCAUCAUCCUUGUGGCCAAUAUAAAGAUGAUAGAUUGGAGAAAGAUGGGCUUGCGCAAAGGCAAUCUUUGGGCUAUUGUCACAAUUAUAAUCAGUUCAAAGCCAACACAGACUCUUUGAAGCUUGAAGCAAAGUUGCAGAGCAGGUUAAAUCCAAAAAUUGAGAUCUUGGAGGAAAAUAACCAUGAAUUAAGAGAUUUUAGCUGGGUGACAGUUGGAUAUAAUAGACUUUUCAGAUCAAGGAGGAUUCCCUCCUAUUCUUAUCCUUUUGCAUAUUACAUGUUUUGUGAUAACCAAUUCAAGAACGCAAUGGAACAGAAUGACAGAGAAAUAAAGCAGAAUCUUUUCAAGGACCAACAGCAGCAGCUUCAGUCUAAGGUUGAAGAACUUUCGGAACAGCUUUUUGCUGAUUGGAAAGAAGGGGAAGUCCUCUAUACAAGACAGCAGAUUUUUUAUCUCUCCGCUAAUAUUGAUAGCCGCUGCGAGAAAUUGUAUGAUUUCAUCGAGGAAUUAUUGCCUCCCGACCAUAUUAUAGUUCCAUAUAGGUCUAUGGGAGUGGAGAAAGCAUCAGAAUUUCAUUAA